UCCCUCGGCGUGGCGCAUUGCAAGACUUGACUCGCAGCUUCUAGUUGGGACUCUAUCUACACUUGAGACAUCUCUGUACAUGGGGUUAAAGACGAAGCAUGGAUCAAAUUCAAGAAAAAACAAGCAAGGAGGUCGAUAUUUAUCGUGACACAUGGGUCCGCUUCUUAGGCUAUGCCAACGAGGUGGGAGAGGCCUUCCGUGCCCUGGUGCCAGUGAGUGCUGUAUGGGCCACAUAUGCAGUUGCCACCGUGUAUGUUUCCGCUGAUGCUGUGGACAAGGGGAAGAAGGCUGCCGUGGAGCAUGGUGACAACCCAGGGAAGACAACCAAGGUGGCUGUAGCAGUGGUGGAUACGUUUGUAUGGCAGGCCCUGGCCUCGGUCGCUAUCCCAGGCUUCACCAUCAACCGUGUGUGUGCCGCCUCUCUUUACCUCCUGGGCAGAACCACGCGCCUGCCUCUCUCUGUACGCAAGUGGACCACCACGGCCAUCGGCCUCUCCACCAUCCCCUUCAUCAUACACCCCAUCGACAGGGGAGUGGACUUCCUGCUGGACUCCAGCCUGCGUAAGGUCUACGGUCAAUCUGCAGGAGAGAGGCAUGACUAAUAAGCACCACGACCACCCUGCAGCCUGGUCCUAGUGUCCCUGGCCUGGACAGGUUAGCUCCACCAGGAAAUUGACCCCACCCACCCUCUGUCCCAGACAGCACUUCCUCCCAAGCCAUCAGAAAACUCUGCUGAUCACUCUACUGUAACAUCACUGUGAAGCACAAAGCCAAUACAGCAGGGUUACUCCACUCCAGUCCUCCAGGGCCACUGUACUGUCUGCCACUUGUCUAUGCCCCUCUGUUUAUUCCCAUCUUUUCAUUUUAAACUCCAAGUUAGGGGGACCUAUGUUUCUUUGGCCAGUCAAUGACUUAGAAUCAGGGAGAAAAGGGAUCCAACAGACAGUGUUGCCCUCCAGCACUGGAGUUGAAUACCUGUGGCUGCUACUGGCCUGCAGAGCCCACCUGUUUUUCUCCACUUGGCAUGUAUCCAGGUAACUCUUGAUGUUAGCCAUAUUUGGGAAUAUUCGGGUCACUGUCCUUAGACCUGGCAUUAAGGCCCUAUUUUCAUUACAUGUUAACAUCUACCGUUGUUUUUUGUUUAUUUCUGCCUCAAAAAUAAUGUCUGGUACGGUUGUCUGUCACUUUGAAUAGAUAUUUACAGAGUAUAUUGUGAUGCACUUUUCAAUGUUCAGUCUUGAGAUUAACCUGAGUGCUUCUUGUCAUUUAUUACAGAGGUGAACCGAAUAGAUGUAAGAAUUCUUGAGGUUUUAGUUGGCUCUAAAGAUUCAGUUACUUUGGUAGCAUCUAAGGCAUAGAAAGUACUGUAAUAGUUGUGUAACAUGCCCUAUGCAGAAAGCAUAUGAAGGGAAUAUGCAUAAAAUACUGUAAUUAUUGCCAAAGAUUUAGGCUACUCUGGAAGAGAACCCAUCAGUAUACAAAGCUGUGCUGCAAUAUGCAAGGAAUCUGAGUCAUCUUAUUCAAAAAUGGGAAAUGCUAUUGGAAUAUGUAAAUCAGGGCACUCCAAUUCUGUUCCUGAAGAGCUACUGUUGUGUAUGUUUUUGCUCCAACUCUAAUCUAGCGCACCUGAUUCUAAUAAUUAGCUGGUUGAUAAGCUGAAUCAACUGGGGUUGGUUUUAAAACAGGUUGGAGAGCCCUGAUGUAAAUUAAUGUGAUAUACUGAAUUGGGAAAUGUUGCCAAUUGUUCAUACACCAGAACAAAUAUUUAGCAAUAAUUUUAAUUUAACUUCUGUUAUAAGUCAACUUCUGUAUUUUUAAUAUAUUGAUUACUUAAAAAUGUUUUGUCACCAAAACGCAACAUUUUUGUGAUAGUUUGAAUGUUUUUUUCUAAUUAUUUCCCCACAUAGUCACAUAAUCAAUUUCAUAUUUCGAUAUCAAUAUAUUUUCAUGCUGGAAACAAGGGAAUGUUUAACUGUUGUUAAUUUCAUAAUAUGUUUGUUUUAGCCUUAAAAUUCAAACAUGUUUUCAAACCUGCUACUGAUGUACAUUUACAUUUUCUUUUAGUUGUCAGAGAAAUUGAAAAAAAAGUUAUUUGACAAAAUGAUAGUAAUUUAUCAUCGAAAGUGAAAGUAAUACUGCAAUGGGCAGCUAUUUAGCCAUCCCCUACUCUGAAACUGUUUAAAAAUAUAUACUGUAGAAAAACAA